UCUUUUAACGAUAAAGUUGUUCAAUCCUGUCAAAGGCCUUUUCUGUCUCCAGAGACGGCUGUGUCCAGGAUGGCUGCAUCCAUUGAUGUUUCUUUAAGAUACAGUCUACUCAGCAAUGCAACCAUAAGGGCUAAACAGUGUGUGAUCAUCAUAAAACAAGAAGAUUUGUGUGCUAACUGGUUGCAGUUUUCCCUUUAGGCUCUGUUCCCUAUAGCACUCUAAGCCCAAUGGUCCACCCCCAAGCACUUUUGUGGCCACGUCAAUGAAGUGUGUGGGUGGGUGUGUGUGUGGCAGUAUAGCAUACUGUAUUUAUUUGUACUUGACAUUUACCAAGAAAAACAGUUUCUGGAGGUUUUGGGUUCAAUCCCAGUGAUAGAGUAUUCUCUCCUACUAAAUUCUGUCUGUUCCCUAACCUCUCUAGUUUUUUGGGCUUCCUGCCACACCAUCUGUUAGCUCUGCCUGGUGGCUCAAUGUGUAAGAGCACUUUCCCAUGUCAUGUCUAAGAAUUGGGUUCAGUCUCCAUGAACUCUCACGUCAUUCACUUUUGUCUGCUGUUGAGCUCAUUCUUUGGGCGCUCUGUGCACAAGGGUUGUUAAGAUGCUUAUUCUGAUUAUGGGACAGCUUCCAACCCUGCUACACUCUGUCUGCUUGGAUUUUGUUGGCAGCUCUGAUAUAGUUGUAGCAACAAAGAUGUGUCAGAGGUUGUGGCAUAACUGUGCAUAUUCACACACAUGAGGGAUUCCGAUUCAUACAUACAUACAUUCUAGCAACAGCAUUUUAUUGACCACAGCAAUAGAGAAUCCUGUGUAACUGACCUUGUUCCCAGUGUAUAAUCAUGGACUGGAAAGAAAUAUUGACACUGUCAAUAUUUACUGUCACUCUUCUGACCUCCCAUAGUGUCCUUAUUGAGCAGUGAUUGUGCAUCUCGCGCUGGCCGUGAUUACCUGCAGUGAUGGAAUUGGGGUCACAGUUAAAGAUAAAACUUUCUUUUUCUAACAAUUUGCUGUGCCCUUUUAUAUGUCCUUCUUGGUGUGACUUGCACACCUAAAAAUUACAACACUUCAAAAGGAAAAUUUCAUUAAAACACAUGGUCGUUACGUAAACACUGGUCGUUACAUAAAGCUGUUAUAUAAUUCAAUUAACUGCUUGCAUUUGUUGACACAAGCACAUCAGGACUGGGCAAAGAAACAGAAGGUAACUCCUAUUUCAGUCAUCCACACAAACAUGUAAAGCCAAUUAUUGUGCUGCUUGGGGGAGCUGCUGAAAAAUAUCAGCGCUAAAAUGCUUGGUUCAAAAGCCUUUUCUGUGUUCACCUACUUUCUAUUUUCUGGCUUCAGAAUUAGAGGCAUGCUUCCUGGAAUUGAAUCUGUCACUAUGUGCUCCCUUGCCUAGGAAUUUGCCUUUUGUGAGACUAAUUAGCUUGUCAAUUGCCUGCUAAAUCAUGAUCGAGCACCUAGGCUCGAAGCUGGAAAUGAAGAGAAAACACGAAUCACUGCACAGGAUACAGUGUCCAGAAUUCAAUCAAGCUCAAUCACAGAAUGCAAUUCAACAAAAUGCAACCGCCCACCUGCUCCAGUCAACGUGUCAGUCAUGAAUCUGAGAGCUGAUUCAGCCACAGUGACCUGGGAAGUUCCAGAGGGGGACAUCAUUAUUGGCUUCUCAGUCCUACAGCAGAAGCAAGAUGGCCACAUGCAGCGGUUUAUCCGGGAGGUAAACACCACCAGCAGGGCCUGUGUGCUUUGGGACCUUGAGGAGGAAACAGACUACAUAGUCCAGGUCCAGUCUAUCGGCCUGUAUGGAGAAAGUCAGGCCAGCAAGCGUGUCCACUUCAAAACCCUCAAGAAGUCAGACCGCUUCCCUUCCAACAGCUCGAACCAAGAUGACCCAACUGUUGAAGGUCUGGACAAGUCUAGAAACCUGCAAACAGGAGAGAUGAUCAUCAUUGUGGUGGUGCUGCUUAUGUGGGCAGCGGUCAUCGCGCUCUUCUGCCGGCAGUAUGACAUCAUCAAGGACAGCGAUAACAGUAACAGUAAAGAGAAGGUGAAGCCGUUGUCUGAGAGGAGCACACCAGAGCACCACAGUGGAGGACUGCUCAGGAGCAAGUUUCAUCAGUCUGUGCCAUCUAUCAACAUCAUAGAGGUCUAAUCGGACGAGUGAAGAUGUUUGCUCUUCCCACUGUCAACAUGAUGCUACAUUGCUGUAAACCUUCUCCACCACAGAGUCAGGAUGCCAUGUACAAGGAACCGUUAUUCACACUGGCUGCCACUGAAGCUAGAACUUUCCAUCCCACAACUAUGAGCAUGCACGCUCAAUGUGUCAAAAGCAGUCUAUUCCUGUAGGGUAAUUGUACAUAAAGUGAAGUAGAGCUGUAUUAAGGGAGCUCAUUCCCACUGGGUUUUAUGUUCAUUCAGUGUGAUUACAGUGCACACUUUUCAUUCUGGGAUCACGUGAUUACAUUGUGUUUCUAAUAUGGUACUGUGUGGUCCUGUGAAAGGCUACUGUAGAAGAACAGGGUUUUUAAUGGUUCCACGUUUGUGUGUGUGUGUGUGUGUGUGUGUGCGUGUGUGUGUGUGUGUGUGUGUGUGUGCGUGCGUGAACACCCGGUCACAGCCCCUGAAACUGCUGAAUGAAGCCAAGUGUGCACUCUGGCACAUAAUUAACGUAAGCUCUUGUGCCAUCAUGGCCAAAAAUGUUCCUAAAACAAGUUUUCUUAGAAAAUACUUAUACAAUAGAAAGAUUAGAAGGCCGUGUCACUGUUGGAUAUAUGAUGAAUGCACUUUUGAUUUGAGUACACCAGAACUGAUUAAAACUUUUAAAAAAAAAAUGCUUUGUUUGCACUAUAAGUAUAUAUGGAUAGUUUGGGUAACAUUUUACAUUAAGGCAUCCUUAACUAUCAUCAUUUUAGCUUUAGUUAACACACCAUAAACUUUGCAUUAUUAUACCAUAAGUAAUGUUAAAUAUGUAAUUAAUGCCUUUUUAAAAAUAACGAACCAAAUAAACCAAAUAAUUAAUAUUUUCAUUAUGAAAUGUUUAUUUCAUCUGUACAUAUAAAUAUGUGUCAAUACAGAUCAAUAUGAAUAAAGCCUGUAUUAAUAUUUGCAGUGGUUAAUAUUAAUAUUUGCAGUGUGAUAAAAUUCAUAAGUAUUGCUGAAUGGUGAAGUCCAGUAUUUACAUCUGGAGACCUGAGUUCAGUUGAUUAUUAUUUUAGUAAAAUGCUGUAAUUUCAUUUAUGGUCAUUUUUUGUGGACUUACUAUAUUAUUUUUAGUCUUGAAUGAAAUAAUGCAGGUGUAUUUAGUUAAAAUUAAAAAAAAAAAAAAAAAAAAAAAAAAAGUAACACUUUAUUUUAAGGAACACACAUUCUGGGUUAAUUACAGUCUUGUUCUUUGUUCAGUAAACCCCAAAUUAGACACUCGUAAAUGGUUUGUACUGGUUCAGAUUUUGGUGAACUGGUUAACUUUUUUGGUUUGUACUGGUUCAUAUUUGGUGAGUUGUUUUGUGAAAAUGUCUAAUAGAUGCAUUAUUAGUUGUGAUAAUGUGCAAUAAAUGCUCUGUUAUGUAAAUUAUCAGGCAUAAAUUAAUCAUCUAAAUCUCUUAUUAGUUUGUAAUUGGUGACAUGUAGAUUCUAGGUAGCAUCAAGUGACCUGCAGUUUAUUUUAGGAGCUUAUAAAAGCUGAAUAAAUCACUAAUACUACAAUGUGUUCUAUAUUGUAAAGUCAAGUUUUCGUCAUCACUUAUUAGAAGCUAAAAAGCACUAAACAAGUUUUACAAAAGACAAUUUUGUCAUAACUGAUAAUGUGUUUUAGUCCUUUUCAAAGAACACAUCCCCAAUGACGAAUUAUGAAUUGUUGAUGAAUAAACACUAAUUCAAAGUGAAUAAAUCAAUUAAAAGUAUCUCAUUUGGGCUUUAUUGAACAAAGAACAAGCCCUUCAUUACCCCUAAUGUGUGUUCCUUGAAAUUAAGUGUUACAAAACAAACAAAACAUUUAAUGUUGUUUUGUUAUUUAACAUUAUUUAUAAUUUAUUAAUGCUGAAGUUUGUUUUGUUAAUGUUAAAUCGUGUAGUAAAUGUUACUAAAGGGAAUUUUAAUAUAAAGCAUUACUCAUCAUUGCAAACUGUUUGCUGUAUUGUUUUUCACAUACAGAUUUAAAGGUUUGGGUUAUACUGGUACGACUAUAUGUAUGUGUGAGAAUGUUUCAGUGUUUAAAGCUCACAACUAGAGCUAAAUAAGUAGUGAAGUUAAGUCUCAGAAAUAUUAGUUAGAAUGCAUGUUAGUCAUUGGCUUGUAUAUAUUGUCUAAAAAUACUGACUGCGUGCAACACUGUUAAUUUUAUAUGACAAAACAGUAACCGAAAAUAGCAUUUCUGUCACUUUGGAGGUACCUGUGCAAAGUUUAAGUAAUUCAACUUAUUGCCAUUAGUAUUUUCCAGCAAUAAAUACAUAUAAUACAUAAACAGUAUAGCAAAUUUUUUCAAAAAGGUCUUCAUAAAAACACAACAUAAUUUAAACACUACCAUGCUUUCAAGAAAUUGGCCUUAACUUUAUGACAGAC